UCAGAAUUGAAUUAGCGCGCGGCCGGGUCACAACUGUGUUUUUCAUUAGCAACGUAAUGACGGAAUCGUUAGUUUUCAGAAAGGACAAAGUUGAAGAUUUUUACGAUAUUGGUGAUGAAAUUGGGCGAGGGCAGUUUGCCGUAGUCAAGAAAUGCGUGGAAAGAAGCACAAAUACAGAAUUUGCGGCUAAAUUUGUGAAGAAAAAACGGAGCUUAAGUUCGAGGCGAGGGGCGACGGCAGAGCAAAUCGCCUAUGAGGCAGAGCUUCUCCGAAAGGUUCAACACGAUGGGGUUAUUUAUCUUCACGAUGCUUUCGAACACGCUGCGGAAUUCACUCUUGUCUUGGAAUUACUGAGUGGGGGAGAGCUAUUUGAGUUCUUGGUUGAACAAGAAUAUUUGACAGAAAAUGAAGCAAUGGGUUUUAUACAGCAAGUUGUGGAAGCUGUUGAUUAUAUUCACGACUGUCACAUCAUACACUUGGAUAUAAAGCCAGAGAAUAUUGUGUUGAAGAACAAAAAAGAGAAUAAAGUGAAGCUGAUUGAUUUUGGACUGGCAAAGAUUAUUCCACCAGGAGAAGUGGUGAAAGCUAUCACUGGUACACCAGAGUUUGUAGCUCCUGAAGUCAUAAACUAUGAACCAGUAGGAACACCAACAGAUAUGUGGGCAAUAGGAGUAUUAACCUUUAUAUUGCUGUCUAGUGGGGCAUCCCCAUUCCUUGGAGAUGACCCUAAUGAAACCUUCAUUAACAUACAGAAUGUUGAAUAUAGAUUUGAUGAGGAAUACUUUGCUGAUAUCAGCCCUCAAGCAAAAGAUUUUAUUAGUUCCCUUCUAAUUAAAAAUUCAGGUGAUAGAUUAUCUGCAAGAGAUUGUUUGACACAUCCCUGGCUGAAGACGGAACCUGAAGCAGCUAAGAGGCGAAAGACCACCUUAAUCAAAACAGACACUUUUAAGGCAUUUCUGGCCAGGACACAUUGGAAGAAAUCCCUGAAGAAAGUGAUAGCUAUAAACAGACUAGCAAUCCUAGGAAAGAGGGGUGAUGCAUAUAAAGACAUGUUCUCUGAGGGUGAUAGCUGUUCAGACGCAUCAGACAGUGAUUCAGAAGGGCCAGAUCAUAGUCGGGAGAAGAGAACCACGCCAACGAAUUCAAAAUUGCUAGAAGAUAAAACCAACGCGGUUCUUCAUCUGAAUGACAGUGAAGAGUAAAAAAGUUCAACUAUCGAUAGCACACCGAAAAACUCCACGGAUGGUUGCUCUGAAAAGUAAUGUUCUUAUGCUAUCGACUUAACGAGGCAGAGACAAAGUAUAAAGGACUGAAAUGUAGUUUACUCUGAGAAUAGAAACAAACCAUUUUUUGGACUAGAUUAUCCCCUAAAAAUAGAAAGCAGGGGUUUCAAUAACCUCAUACCGCCUUUUGGGUAUCCUACCAACAGAUGCCUAGAAUGCUGGAAAUAUAUACAUUUCCAAGCUACAAGAUUUCAAAUCUCCUCUCUGGGGGAGCUUAACAACAAACCCUGUUUUCCGGGCACAGCCACCUAAUACAUCAUCGGAAGGCGCUCAUGGAAAAAGUUAUUGAAACCCUUGUAGUUUAUAGGCUCAGUAUAAAAUUAUAAGAUUAUUUAUCUAAACCGUUGCAAAUUUAUAUAAUUCAGGAUUGAGAUUCAGACUGGAAAAUGACAUUUUUCCGGUAGUAAACUAAAAUGAGUAUUGUAAUACUGAGAUAUAAUUUGAUAGCGUAUUCAAGAGUAGUGACGACUCAAAUAUUACAGCAAACGUGAGAAAUUGGAGGGGAAAGAAAUUGCAUAAUGCUUUUUGAACUUUUUUUUUAAUGAAAAAAUGUGAUCAUCAAUAUGGAAGUAGAAAAACUAAGUGUAUAUAAACAAAGAUAAAAAAUCAAACCGUACUGAAUUCAUCACAAACUUCUUCAACCCACUGCGAAAAAAUACCAAUCGAGACAAGGUGUAACAUGAAUAUUCCUACAUUAAAAAUGAAACCAGCUAAACGCAGAAGUCACUGGAAGCCUACAGUAAGUAGCAAUAGAGUUAAGGUUGCUGUAGACCUUAGAGGGCCGAUUAUUUUGACGAUCAAAUUUGCCAGGGAUUUCAGAAUAACAAGCGAUCAUCCGAAAGAACCCAUGAAGGUCUACAGUAACAUUAACCCUUUAACUCCUAUGAAUGACCAAGACAGAAUCUCUCCUCGCUAUAUCAAUACAAUAUUAAGCAGACAAGUGCUGUAUGUAUCAAAAAGGGGAUUAUAGUUGAUUCAAACCAAACACUCCAAACCAAUGUCAUGAGGAUUGUAUGACAGGCAGUUAGGAGAAUUACUAAUGAGGACGUGGAGAGGAAGGAUUAAGACAACAAGCAAUGAAUCUGUUACUUAAGACAAAUCUCAACUUGCAUCUUACAGUUCUUAACUAAACAUUGCUGGUUUUCUUUCGUUAUCAACUACUGCACUAGUGUGUGACAGGGAAGGUUACUGGGAUUUGAUUUUAUCUACUUUUGCUGCUUGUUGUGGACACAUAUUUCUAUGUACGUAAAAAAUGUCUUAAGAUAAUUAUUUUUAUGACAUCCAUUUUGAAAUCAUUGGUGGUCCCUGAAAUCUAAUUGGCUC